AUGAAUAAGAAGAUUCUCAAUGGAAGGACUCUAACUGCUUCUAUUGCUGCUGAUAAUGGACGUGCUCCGAAGUUUAUUCGGAAGCGCGUGUACAAUACUGAGACUGCUUUGUGUUAUGAGUGUGGGGGGCAUGGUCAUUUGUCGUAUGAGUGUCCUAAGAAUCAGUUGGGGCCGAGGCCGCGGCCUCAGCCUAAGAAGCCGCGACGGGGAUUUAGUGGGCUGAGGGAUAGGGAUUGGGAGGAGGAAGGUGAUGAGGAGAAGGAGGAGGGUGGUCAGAUUGCUGCGGAGCAGUUUGACGAUAAUUGGGCUUCUGUUGUGGAUGAUGAAGCGGGUGAAAGGUUGCUGGGGAGAAACAGAAAUGAUGAUGAGGGUUUGGACAACAACAAGACGAAGAAGAAAGGGAAGAAAGCUGGGUAUUUCAAUGAUGAGAGUGAUCAUGAUGAUGAUGAUUGA